AUGAUACGCCUCACGCUCUUGAUAGUGCUCAUGCUGUUGGUCAGUGUCGAUUCCGGUAACAAAGCACCCCAGCACGCCGCCAUGGCAGCUGCAGCAUCCGAUUCCAUUCCUCCUCCAUCCGCAACAAGCAAUGUGCCACACCAUUUCCAUCAUCAUCAGCACAGCCCCAGCCACAGCAAUGCCACCAGCAGCACAAGUAGAGGAAAUAUUCCAGUCAACGCCAGAAGAGAGGAGACUCCAAGCCCGGGGGCUACCUCUGAGGAGGUCGUCUCCAGUGGCCUCCGCGACAAGAGAGGCACCAAUCAGGCGGCAGCGAAUGGCAAUGCGGCGCCCGGCUUCCAGUUGGAUCAGAGCGAGCUCCAGCGUCAGAAUCAGAUAACCCAACAGAUAUUCGCCAACUAUUUGGAGCGGCGGCUGUUUCCCAAUCGCAGUGUCAGCCAGAAGAUCCCCACCAUAGCGGACAUCCUCCCGAAGCCGAAGCCAUCGGCCAGGCCACGUCCCCGAGGCUUUGCGGCCAGCGAUGGGGGCCUCAAGCGGAGCGGCGGCGGGGCACAGCGGAAUCGGCUGGCAGCAGCGGCGGCCAAGCGCCACACGAGCAGCUCCCAAAAGAAUCGGGACUUCGGGGAGGAGGAGGAGGACCAGCAGCCGCAGGCCGCCGCCCAUCAGGACGACUUCGACGACGAUGUCCAGGAGUCGCUGCAGAGCGUCGAGUCGGAGCAGCAUGAUCAGUACUAUGGCAACAUAUUCCAUCGGGAUCCCAGCGAGAACGAGAUCGAUGCGGAUCUGUGGAUCGGUUAG